AUGGAUGGUAACUUAUCGCCUAAUCUAAUUGGCCAGGAGAGAUCUUCUAGUAAGAAGGUUGCUAGAGAUUAUUCCUCCCCUGGCAGAAGACCAACAAAAGAGCAGGACUUCGCAAAGAAUUCGCACUUGGACGAAGCUUUACGUAAUGAUGAUAGGAAAAGGCCUCGCGUGGAAGAAAAUGCAAGUUAUGCAGAGAAAUCAGCGAAGCUAGAUAAGAAUGAUCGAAUUUGUCCCGUGGAUACAGACUCGGAAGAUAAAAAUAGAGCGCAGAAGACUGAGAGAAGGCCCAAAAAGUUAGACCAGAAAGAAACAUCUCUAGAAGAUGAAUCGGAUUAUGAUUCAGCGACAGAGCGUAGGAAAGAAUUGAAAAGAAGAAAGAGGGAGGAGAGAAGGUUGCGCAAGGAGGAGAAACGUCGGAGGCGUGAAGAGAGGCAUAGAAAAAGGGAGGAACGACGGGCACAAAAGAUGUCGAAGGACGUUCACACUGUGGGAUCCCACCCAGACAAAGAGAGAAACUAUAGUGCGGCUGAAGAGUCUGACGAAGAAGCUGGUUUGAAGGUUUCAAUCACAACCGACACAGAGGAAAGGGAGACUGAUCAGAAGAAGCUUGAGAUUGAGUUGCGGAAAAAGGCCCUUGAAUCUCUACGGGCAAAGAAGGCCAUUAAUCAUUAA